ACACACUCUGGUCUCCCGCUGCCCCACACAACAAAAGCGCUGCGUGUACUCGCAUGUCAUUGCAGCUAAUUGGAGUUUUUUAAUCCCAUCAUCCCUUCAAAACAAGACCAGUUGUUGCCCCAGUACUCCUCUACUUCAUCCCCCAUCAGAAUGCAGCGGCACAUGGGCAAAGUUUAACAAAAACAAGAAACCUUUCAGUUUAGACAGGCAGUGAAAAGACAGGUGAGAUUUUUGCCACCCACUACAAGUGAAACCACCGUCUCAAUACCGAUUCAGCCGAUGGGCAGAACACACAGUGCAUACUGCCCAGACUUCUUGCCUAAUCUAUAUUGAUCCGCAUAGUGGCCAAACUAAAUAUUAUACCGCUGUGCCACAUUUGUCGUCGUUGUGAACAGCCGGAACAACACGGACCAACUGGAGACUAUUCUUGAAAUUGAUUUUUGCAGUCUGGUGAAAGGCAUUGCUGGUAGACCUAUGAGGAUGGUAAUAUACUGGAUGAAUACAUUCGUUUGGAUGAAUACAUUCGUUUGGAUGAAAUGUGACAGAGAGUAAAAACAUUGAUACAAUUUGUUAGUGGCAACUACAUGUGUAUAUGUACAUGUAUUAAGAAAGGACAUACUAAAUACGUGUGAACAUAUAGCAUUCCAACAACAAUCAAAAUGGGAUGACGACAACGAGUUCUGGUGAUGCAGGACGUUCCACUCCACAAGAAACCUUCACCGCAUCAAAUUGACAAAAAUCCACCAUCCGGUCGGGAGCUAUGCUGACCCUAAAGAAUCAUGUGACCAAUAACGGGCCAAUGGGGAGCCCCAAGCAGCCCCGGCAGCCAAUCAAAUCCUGGACGUCGAAGACCGUGAAGACCGGGGAGAGGUCGCGACAGAACGGAUUGAUAAACUCGCCACGGGGAUUGUACAACAGAGGCAAGGUGCCCAUCACAGGCAAGCAAGGAGUUGGAGGAGAAUGGGCAUUAAAAGAAUGCGAGGAGCACACGACGUGGUUGAAUGGCAUCCUCAAGAAGCACAGGUCUAGGCCAAUCAGCGAUCUGCGGAAGAGCAUCUCGGAUGGCCUGACGCUGGUCAACAUCUUGGAGAUUUUAUUUCAUGGCAAGAUUCAGGGUGUACAGACGAGGCCCAUUAUCCGUGCACAGCGGCUUGAGAACAUCAAUCUGUGCCUGAGGUUCCUGGAGAACAGAGGUGUGGAGAUCCAACACAUCAGCGCAGAUGAACUGACUGACAGCAAUCUGAGAGCAACUCUAUCCCUUGUCACCUGCUUAAGGAAACGAUUUGAGGCAUUCCACACCAGUAACAGCGCCCACGGUGAUGGGUCCAGUCUCUCCAUAGACAAGUCCGUCCGACCGCCGACAGAAGACAGUAUUCAGCCUCCGUUGGGCCGAGAGGCGAGCAUACAUAGCUUCCAUAGCCUACACAGCAUUCACAGUCAGCAUUCAGAUGGCAUUCCUUCGAGACCAAAGAGUUCUGACAUUCCAGCCACCAUUCCAUCAGAUGAUGAGGGGCCUGGUUUACCCAUCAGUCCCACGGCCCCAGUCAAUGGGGAUGCAGAGCUGGUCCUACCAGGGACCAUGGCAGAUGCCGACCCCGAUGAACCCAGGCCUGAAUCAGCAGACAAGACCGAGAACAUUGUCAUCCCGUCAGUCACCCAGCUGGACUCCCAGGGCGUGUCCCAGCACGGCGCCAGCUCAAGGAAGCAUCAGUUUGCCAGCAGCCAUAAGAGAGCCUUCCGUCCACCGCUGACGAAACGCAACUCAUCAGGGACUGGCAGUCCUGUGAUGUCUCGCUCUCCCAUCCGGGACGCCCUGACACAGUCAGUAGAGGAGAAGCUCAAGAGUCUGCUAGACAGCCCAAACCCAGGCGGAGGGGCCCGCAGGAAUAUGCCUAUUGAUGAUGGUGAACUGCUGGAGCCCCCGCCUCCAAGACGCCGCAGUUACCGUGGUGACGACGACGACGAUGAAGGAAACGAGGGGAGUGUGACAAUCGAAGAGAACAAGCUUCAAGCCAUGCUAGAAGACCCUGACAACUUUGAGGAUUACCACAAGGACUGGGACAGAUAUGUCUCAGAUUAUAUUCCGUCCCAUUCAGCUGAGAAGACAGAAGGUCCCCGAGCCCAGCGACUCUUGGAUCGCCAGUCCUCCCAGCCCAGCCCACCCCCGACGUCACAGCACAGGAGCCUGCCAUUCUUCCACGCCCCUCCCUCCCAGCACAUGGGGCCGGUGCAGAGCUCUCCACCCAUGGCCAACCACUCUCCAUACCUGAAUGGUAGGUCCCAUUCCAUGUCCAGUAAUGAUCCACACAGCCAAAGCAGUAUGUACAAUGACAAUGGAAGGAGGAAUCAUCAUUAUAACGGGAUGCAGCAGUACUAUCCAGGGGAGGAAUCACCAAACCAACAACGGAAGCUGCCCAGCUACACGGAUCACAUCCAGAGACAUCCUCCCAAGCAGCGCGCGCCAAACUCAAACAACCCCAGGAACAUCUACAUCCCAGAGGGGCCCAGAUCCCAGAGCAGUCCCAUGCGACAGCCUCAAGGCUACCCCCAGGAUUGGCAACAGCCAAGGAGGCGUGAGGAACAGUAUGAGCCCAGGCUGAACUACGGACCGUCUCGGCGGGACUACGACCAUCGAGCGACUGAUGAAGACCAUCAAAGAGUCAGGCAGUACUUGAAUAACAUGCACGGCAGUGCUCCGUCCAACCCCAGAGGGAUACCAAUGGAAGAGCUUUCUAGAAGACAUGACUACCGGUAUCCACAAGGCAACAGAAAGCCAGAGCCGAACACUCCUUACAUAUACCUGGACCGUGUGCCCCCCGAUUCCAGAACUCAGCAGACCUAUCUUAGGAAUGGAGGAGGUCUGGAAGGCUCUAGAGACUUUACAUUCAGCCCCAGCGACUCGUCUUCCCGAUCGAGCACCCCACCAUUACCUCCACUCUCCCCGGACAACUCGGACAUGGAUUCCAUGCCAAAUUCGCCCUAUCUGGGGAAGAAAAUGCAGCGGUCCAUCAGUGUGGGUGUCCUGCCCGCAGGAGUGCACAUGCCGUCGCACAGACUCAACGAAUCCGUCAUGGGUAUGAAGAAACGGAAGAACAGUUCCAACCGGAGUGGCGGCCCAGCUCACAAGACGUUUGAACCCAAGUCAUCGUCAAGGAGGAGUGCGGGUAAAGGGCGUAGGAAGAUGAGCAAAGGAGUGAAAUCAAGCAGCAGCAGCAACAUCAUGAUCAAUUCAACGUCGUCCAACAAACGGAAAUCCCCAAAUAUUAGAGCCUUGCCAGUUGCCCCUCUUCACAAAGUCCAAGAGCACACCGAGCACACGGACAGCGAUCUCAGCUCCCACCAUUCAGAUCGCCGUAGCGACUCCGACGAUGACAACGAUGAAGACAACGACUCGGGCUCGGUGUCCCACCUGUCCUCUCUCAAGCCCACCAUCAAGGUCUUGGAUGCUCACCAUCAGCAGCAGUCGGCGACGGAGUCCGUGGAGCCCCCCGAUGCAGACAACAUCCGGCAGCAGCUGGUGGCCCUGGAGAAGAUGUACAAAGAGAUCCUGGAGGUGAUUGGGAAUGACCGUAGAGAGCGGCUGCUAGAGAACCCAGGCGAAAGGCUGUCUGUCAGCUCCAUGAGCACCACAUCUGCCAAGACCCUGAACAAAUCCAAAGUCCCCUCUUCACACAAGCCCAGCAAGCGACGGGAGAAGGACAUCAGGCUGGUCAACAAGCGUUUUGCCCGUGUGGAGUCCCACGUCGUCACCUUAGCCCGCAGCGUGGCCCACCUCUCCUCGGAGCUCAGGUCCCAGAGCGCAAUGUUUCACGAGAUUGAAUCACUGCGCCAUGAGAUCAACCAGAUUCGAGACAUGCAGGUACUGAAUGCCAGCGAGGUGCUGAACGGAGGCAUGAAGUUCAGACCCAUCGUGCCGCUGUGUUCCAGCCCACAGAAGAUCAAAAAGUUGACCAAAUUCUUUGGUGAGGAACCACCCCUGUUAACUAUGUUCCUAAAAGAACUGGGAUAUGAGAAAUAUGUGUCAUUGUUUGAGAGGGAAGGCAUCGGUAUGGUGGAGCUACCCUACCUGAGCGAGGAGAGACUGGAGAGUAUUGGGGUGCCGACUGGGCCCCGGUUACGCAUCCUACAAGAGGCACAGUUGAUGGUUUGAAGUACGAAGUGUGACUGUAGAUUAAACAAGGUGACACAGGGAAUUGUCCCUGUAUUGAAAAGAGAUGACAUGAGGCAUCCUCUUAAACUUCCAAAAGAGCCUCAAGAAAUUUGGUUGAGAGCAUUGGUGUGCCGAUUGGGCCUCGGUUACGCAUCCUACAAGAGGCACAGUUGAUGGUUUGAAGUACCUAGUGUGACUGUAGAACAAAACAAGAUGGCACAGGGAAUCGUCCCUGUAUUGAAAAGAGAUGACAUGAGCCUCAAGAAAAUUUGAUUGAGCCACUCCGAGCAAGAUGCGUGAGAGCAUGGGGGCUACGCAUCCUGUGACAGGUUUGAAGUAAUCAGUUCGAUGAUACAAUAAAAGAGAUGGCAAAUGGUGUCUCAUACCUUUGACUUCCCACCUUUGACUUCCCACCUAUGUCUAUGACUUCAACAUAAAUCUCUGUAUCUUAGCUAAAGACCUUUUGAACAUGCAUUUAAAAUUUGUUGUGUCAUGACUUUAUUUAUUAGCAUUUAGUUUGUGAUCUCAUUAUUUGGACCUUUUUUGUUCGAACAACUUCCAGUUUAUUAUAUGGCACAAAAUCACUUCCCAAUAUUUCUGUAUAUUUUGUUGUAAAUAUUUUGUACAAACUUGUUUGAGUUUUUAACUUGCCAUUUUCACUAUGUAUCAUGUUUUUUUUAUGAUAACAUGUACUGAAUGUUUUUAAAUCUAUUCUCAGUAUUCUCGAGGUCAAGGUUCAAAUCCCACUUGAAUCAAUUCUCUUUUUGAACUUAAACGUUGGUGGAAAGUGACACUUGUCUGCUUCCCUUUUUUAUUUAUUUGAUUUUGUUUUUAGCCUGUAAAAUACUCCUUUUAGUCAUGAGUAUCCUUAUAUCAUUAUGAUCAUUUUGUCAUUAAAACUUAAUUUCCAAUCAAAGGAAUUCUGAUAUAGUCGCAAAUUCAUAUCUUGCAGUUUAUGAUUAAAUUGUUCAUGUUGUAUAUUCGAGAAUCUAUAAAAACUGGGGCAAAAAACGGAAUACUGUUUGUAUUAAUGGUGAAUUGUUUGGGGGUUUUUUCUUAAAUUUAAAUUUGAAUUUGAUUUUUGCUAGUCUCCGAGUACCUGACCGACUCACUCACCGACUGUCACUUGUGGAUUCCCAUGUACAGGGCAAGUCAAAAUGAUCUGGACCCAAAUAAAAGAAAAUAUUUUUAAAAUAUGUUGCAAUUAUCAGAACAAAUGCAAAUGAGAUAUGUUAUAGGCUGGUGUUUUGGACACAUUUUGGGGAAAGUUUCAUGUAUAUCCAUUGUACCAUUUUGAAGAAAAGCGCUAGUAAAGAACACAUGCUAAAAAAAAAAACCACUCUAACCACUGUUCCAUGGUUCAACAAGUUUAUUGAAAUCACGUACCGAUGUGACUGUAUUGUUUGAAAUGCAGUCACAUCAGUACGCGAUUUCAACUGAGAUGCUAGAAAUUAUCAAUUUAAUUUGAAAAUUUAUUUUUCGGGGUGCCACACCCAAAACACGUAUAUACCAACUUUUAAGAUUUUUAAACCCUACCCCCCUCCCUUCUUAUUCCAAAUUCCUGUAUUCAAGUAAGGCUUUUUAUAGAAUUACGCUAUAUUUUGAAUCAUGUCUUUCCUAAGAGCGACUGAGCAAACUAUGUAAUGAGUUUAUACUGGUUUGAACCAAUAAGAAUUUUGUAAACAAGACUAGUUUUUAUUCAUAUUCAUAAAACUCAUAUUUUUGUAUCCACUUUUGAAUAAUAAAAUGGCACCAAGUACGUUGUACUGAAACAAAAAUU